AGCUCGGGGAGAUCGUACAGUAACACUCUUAAUUUUUAGUUACGCAAUAUUCUGGUAAGCAUUUCUCUAAGAGUCAUGCUCUAAGUUUCUUGGGCUUUAGACAUCUACACACAAUUGCCGCAGAGUUUAGUUCCCGCCGUUUUUAGCCCCCUUUUUGUGAGCCCCCGCAGACUUUGUCAUGAGCGAGACGGAGUUAGUCAUGAGCGGUAAACCCCUGGAAGUAGUGGCUAAACCCCCUGAAGUAGUGGUUAAACCCCCAGAAGUGGAGGACAAUAGGAGUGAUAUGAACACAAAGGUGGCUAAGGACAGUAAAACAGCGAAAGAUAAGGCUGCCAAAGGGACCGCUAAUUCUGGUGGCAAGGGGACCUCGAAUAAAGUAACUACGAAUGGGGCGGGGAUCAGAAAGGCGGGAAGCAAGAGCAAACUUAACGAUCUCAAUGGUGAGGGUGGAAGCGACAAGUUAAGAUCCCCCAACAAGCCAGCAGGAGGGUCCCUGACCUCCGCAGUGAUAGAUGUCGAGUACCUGCCUCUAGCUGUGGACCUGUGUCAUUGGGUAGCCGAACAGACUCAGACCUGCUUGGAGAUCGAGCAGUUCGUCUCGUGCAUGCAAGAUGGAAUCGUCCUGUGCAGACUGGUGAAUGCCAUCAGUAAACUAAGAUGUGAAAGAUAUGGGGAGCCUUUCAAACUAGUGCACUUUAGGGAAAACAUCGGGAAUAGUGUCUUCUUUGCUCGCAUAAACAUUGAGACUUUCAUAAGGUGGAGCAAGAAUUUCGGUGUGACAGACACUUGCUCUGUAAGCGAUCUAGUCGACCUCAAGGACAUCAUGCAGGCUUUGAACAACGUUUACAACGUGGCAAGAAAGUGUGCUGAACUCGGACUACCCCAUCCUCCAUCUGUAGCUCUAGAGCUGGAGCACAGUAUGAGGUACAAUGACAUCGUGGGGUUAUUUGACCCUGAUCAUGGGCCACUCAGCAAAGAGGAGACAGCUGCCAAAGUUGGUCUCAUUAACAUAAUCAAUAAUCGCGGACUUGGAGCUCUAAGGAGUGACUCUACACUCGUUGAGCAGCUAGGAAACUGGAGGAAGAGACUGGUAGGAAAGUGGGCUGGAACGGAAAUUAAACCACCGACACCGGAACCCCUUCCUCCGACGCCAACCCCACCUCCAACACCUCCACCUAUUCUCGAAGCUAAAAUGGGGCCAUGGGACAACGAGGAGAUUGUUUGCUUGAUAGAGCUCUACAGGCACCAGAUUGAUGAAUUUGGAGACGACCACAUUGACUUCCAGUUGCUGUCCAAGAACUUCUCGAAGAGGUUCAAACACAGGACACCCCACCAGUGCUGGGAUAAGAUGUACCAGCUGAUAGAGAGAUACCAGUGCGACAGAUCUGCUAACAGGUUGUUCAAGAGGAAGGUAUGUUCGGGACCUCACCACGACCAACUGCAUCUGACACUAGGAGACACGGACCUGGCCAAGCAUCUGAACGCUGUCUACACUGGCAUGUCUCAUGGCAAGGCUCCUUCUAUCCCCUCCUACAUUGAGUGUGAUGCCGGAGAGAAAGCGGAAGCUGAGAAGUCAGGAAAAGAGCAGAUCGCUGAACAAACUGUCAUCCUCAGAAGUAUCAAUGACAAUCUGAUCGCAUUAAAAGAACAGACAGAGAGAAACGCCACUACGAACGCAGCCGUUCUCGUCUUGCUGACCCACGUUCUGAAGGGGGAAAGUCUGGAAAACGGAGAUAGAGCAGCUUCCGAAGCAGCAUCCCAAGCAGCUUCCCUGCUUUCAAAUUCUAACCAGGGCAGUGUGGAGAAGAUUCCAGCAGCGGUAGACAGCGACUCCAAGAGCCUUGCGUCCGAUGCUGAUAUCCCAGAAAAGAUUUCCGAAUGCAGCGAGAAUGAAUCAGCUGGUGUUACUGUUGAUGCCUAAUUUUAUCACAAUUACAAUUUUUCAAUUCAGUUUUAGAUGCCUGUAAUCUUUGUGUAGUGACAAAUAUUGUACAAACUGUAAAUAUACUGUGUUACACAGUGUGUAUCUUAUGUGCUCCCAAUCUUAUGUGCUUCGCCUUAUUAUUACCGGUAUUAUUAUUUAUGCUGAAAAAUCUUUGCAAAUGAGACUUGACGGAUUUUACUUUAAGAAUUGGAAAAGGUUUUGACUUAAUUACUUUACCAAAUUAAUUUUUUGUCUUCCAACGGUUUACUGUGGGAAUGUCUUUUGAGGUAUUAUGUUUGAGUGACUAUCACACUUUUUAAAUAUAUUCAUCAUUCAUGUUGAUAUAAUCAUAAUUAUCAAUUAAAAACUACAUGA